UUUAUAUACAUAUAUAUUAUGCAUUCGUAUUCGAAAUAACACAUCUUUAUAUCCUAUUAUCAUUGUUCUGUUAUCUAUGUGAUAAGGAUUCUAUUUUGAUAGUUACACAGUUACGCAGUCGCUCUCAUCUCUUGCAUUCAUUUUACAAGCGAAAAUGUCAUCAGAAGCUUAUGAUGUCAACUAUGACAAAGAACAUCCAAGAAAUCUUAUUCCAGAACUGUGUAGACAAUUCUAUCAUCUUGGAUGGGUGACUGGUACAGGAGGCGGUAUCUCCAUCAAACAUGAAGAUAUGAUCUAUAUCGCUCCUUCUGGUGUACAAAAAGAGCGAAUGUUGCCCAAUGAUAUGUUUGUGCAAGAUAUCAAUGGAACAGAUUUGGAGUUGCCACCACCAGAAAAGAAAUUGAAAAAGUCACAAUGUACUCCACUAUUUUUAUGUGCUUAUUUAAGGAGGAAUGCAGGUGCUGUUAUUCAUACACAUUCUAAAUUUGCUCUAAUGGCAACAUUAUUAUGGCCUGGAAAGGAAGUCAGACUCACUCAUCUUGAGAUGAUAAAAGGUAUAUGGAAUCAGAAAGAAGGUAGAACAUAUCGUUAUGAUGAAGAAUUAGUAAUACCGAUCAUAGAAAAUACUCCUUUUGAGAGAGAUUUAAGAGAUGAUUUAGAUGACAUUAUCGUUCAUUAUCCUGAAACUUGUGCAGUAUUGGUACGCAGGCAUGGGAUUUAUGUGUGGGGUGAUUCUUGGCAGCAGGCAAAAACUAUGUAAGUUACUUUAUUCGUAUAUUACCAAA